AUGAGAAAGCUUUUGGGGUGUUGGGCAAAUAUGCUUCCUGACUGCAUUGUCGGCGACCUUGAUUCUAUCCGCCCCGCAGUGCGAGAACACUAUGAGAGACUCGGAGUGCAUGUCCUCCAAGAUCCAGAUCAAUACUCAACAGACUUCACAAAGUGUCUGACAUAUCUCAACGCACAUGCUGCAGAGAUUAUAGCUUCUCCCCGAAAAGGAGCAAAAACUGCCAAAUCAGACACGAAUGGCGCAGGUGGAAGCACAUCAACCUCACCAUCCGAUCAAUCGCCUCUGGAAAUUGUAAUCCUCGGCGGUCUAGGCGGCCGCGUGGAUCAAGCCUUUUCCCAAGUCCACCAUUUGUAUAUGAUGACACAGACGCAGCGCUCAAUCCGUGAGAAUGAAACUAACACCUCAACUCCCGAUGCCAAGCCAGCUGCAGGUGGGAACCUUUAUCUCGUCUCCGAGGAAAGCAUUACCUUCAUCAUACAAACGGGGAAGAAUACAAUCCACACGCCAGCAACAAAACGAGCAGACAUUGCGACAACGUCGGCAUCUGAUGUAAGCAAGUCACCGAGAAAACGGAAGCGUGAGCAAGAGCAGGAGCAAGAACAAGAACCGGAAUACUUCUUUGAAGAAAAUAUCGGGAUCAUUCCCCUCUCGGCACCCGCCAAUAUUACAACUCAUGGGUUUGAAUGGGACGUGGAGAACUGGCAUACCGAGAUUGGAGGGCAAAUAUCCACGAGUAACCAUAUUCGUGCCGAUAAGGUGGAGGUUGAGACCUCUGUGCCGGUUUUGUUCACAGUGGAGUUGGCGGAGAGGUUGAAGAGGUGA